AUGCAGAUCGCUAUCGUCCAGUAUGAUCCUCAACUUGGCUUAAUUGAGCAGAAUAUGCAGCACGUGGAUAAAAUGGUUGCAUUGCUAACUACAAACGAUCAGAUUGAUGUGUUAAUGUUGCCGGAGAUGGCGUUUACGGGCUACGUAUUUCGCUCAAAAGAUCAAGUGGCUCAAGUAGCAGAGAUUGCAGGCAAAGGACCAACUUUUCGAUGGUGUCAGCGUCAUGCACGUCAGUUGCACUGUAUGGUUACCUGUGGAUAUGUUGAGAAAGAAGGCGAUCUGUUGUACAACUCCAUGCUGGUUGUUAGUCCUGACGGCGAACUUGCGUGCAACCCACGAAAGACAUUCUUGUACGAGACCGAUAAGUCGUGGGCCACGCCGGGAAAAGGGUUUUGCACCUGGUACUGCCCAUGGCUUUGCAAGACGAUAUCAUUUGGCAUCUGCAUGGACAUUAAUCCAAACGACUUUAAGGCUCCCUUUUCAGCAUACGAGUUUGCCUCACACGUGGUUGAAAAUCAAAGUGAUUUGGUGCUAUUCGCUUGUGCGUGGAAUGAUUUUGACGCGCCGGACUUGGAACCCUACCCGACACUAUCAUACUGGGCGCAGCGCCUGACCCCAGUCAUUGGCGUGCUAGCAAAAGGCGAGUACAGCAAACGGAAUUGUUACUUCCUUUGCUCGAACCGAAUUGGUACUGAGAACGGCACAUUUUUCGUGGGAGCAAGCUGUGUUCUUUCUCUUAACAAACCCGCUAUAAUCGCACACGCUGGACGUCGGACAGAGGAACUACUGCGUGUUGAGAUCCCCGACGAAAACUCUGUCACAGCUAAGGUCAAAUGA